AUGAAGCUCUCCGUUUGCCUCCUGCUUGCUGCCGCAAUUGCGCAUACUCACGGACAAGAAGAGGUUGAUCCAAGAUGCGCUAUCAGAUGCGCCUUCACGGGUGAUCGUAUCUGCGGUUCCAACAACGUGACGUACCCGAAUCGAUGUCUUCUGACUCUCGCAAACUGCGACAAUCCGGGAGAGGACAUCACCGUCGCCUCCGAAGGCGAGUGCGUCCGUAUCGAGUCGGAGCCAGUAGUUGCUCAGCUGCCUUCGAAGCCAACGGGUGGAAAAAGUGAGGCGGUCAUCUCGCUGCCUGCAGAUUGCGCCGAUGCGUGUCCGAUGAUGUUCGCACCUGUGUGUGGAUCAGACGGUGUCACUUACGCAAACAGUUGUCAGCUUGGAAUUGCUCGUUGUGAGAGCAAAGGGACCAUCACGCAGACGUCAGAAGGACAGUGCCCGGACCCCUCGUCUUCUGGUCCAGGGGAUGACUUCCGCAACUGCCCGGACUUGUGCGUCCAGACGUACGAGCCCGUGUGUGGCUCGGACGGCGUCACGCACAACAACAUUUGUAUGUUGCGUGCUGUCGCAUGCUACGAUCCCAGCAUCACUUUGGCUUACGAAGGGGCGUGUGAGGCUAUCGAGGACAGCUCCAAGUCGAACGAAACCAUGACGAAGCCCGGCAAAGACGUGGCAUCCUGUCCAGAUGUUUGUCCUGCCGUGUUCGCUCCUGUUUGCGGCUCCAACGACGUCACGUAUGGCAACGAGUGUGAGCUGGGCGUCGUAAGCUGCAACAAUCCCGGUUUACAGCUCACGAAAGUUUCUGACGGUGCUUGCUCAAACGAACAGCCUCAUCCGAACUGCUAA